AUGCAAUUUAUUUGGGCCUUUGACAAGUUUCUAUGGGAUUAUGUGAUAGAGAUAUUGCAAAAUGUGCUAGGUCUGAGAAAUAUAUUUGAAGGCACCCGACGUCUUGACGGUAAGGUUGUGGUCAUUACCGGCGCCAACACUGGGAUCGGCAAAGAGACUGCACUUCAGCUCUCGUUAAGGGGUGGAAAGAUAAUCACGGGAUGUCGUGAUGUGGACAAAGCCAACGCUGCCAUCGAUUGGAUCCGCUCUAAGAACCCAAAGGCAGACAUAAGUGUAUUGAAACUGGAUUUGUCUUCUUUGACGUCGGUUCGCGAUUUCGCCACAAAUGUGGCCAAAAAUGUGACACAAAUUGAUUUACUUGUA